UAUUUUUUUCCAUUUCUUUUCUCCCUAUUUCUAUUUCAAUCGUUUCACAUUCUCACAGACAGAGGUCUCUGUUUUUUUCUCUUUACUUCCCUUCAAGCCGCCUCUGCUACUCUCCAACCAAAUCUCAUUCCAAAAAAUGGUGGGGAAUAAUCAUUCACAAAGGGAAAGGGAAAGGAAUAGAGAUUGGAUUAAAGUUCUUAUGAAUAGCAAUGGCCACUGUGAUGAUCAUCCUGAUCUUCGUUCUAAGGAAAAGAAUUUUUUCUGUGUAGACUGUGCAGUUAGAAUGUGUAAGAACUGUAAGGAAGCUCAUUCCCUUCACAGAAGGUUUCAGAUAUACAAAUAUUCCUAUCAAGAUGUCUUCCGCCAUUCCGAGCUGCAGAAAUACUUUGACUGCUCAAAAAUUCAGACUUACAUAUCCAACAAUGAAAGGAUUGUGCAUCUAAAACCCCGGCCUUCAACUAAUAAACCUAAAACUUCUGAUCUAAGCCCUGAUUCUAAAUUCAAAGAAUACAACUUUUCAUCAAGAACAAAGCCGGGUGGUACAUGUGAAGAAUGUGGGAAACACUUACAAGAUGAGCGGAAUCGCUUCUGCUCUAUUACAUGCAAGGUCUCAGUGGUUCCCUUGGAAGCUCAAAACCAAGAUCACAAUCAAUGUUCACAGAGGAGUUCGGUAGAAUCUGCUAGUCAAAGUAGUAGGUUCAUCAACACUCCAAAACCAGAAGGUAGUGAUUUUACUUUAGAUAACCAGAAUUCAGAACCAGAGUCAUCUUUAUCUGAAGCUGAGCCAUAUGGAUGGGUUGAAGUUGUUAACUACAGAAAGCGCCCAAGGAAAACAACCCCUCAAAGGCCUAUUUUUGUUUUCAUGUCCUAAGAUUCGAAGUCAUAUCACUACUCUAAUCAAUUCCUUUCAUUCUCCGAUUAUAUUUUUUGUUUUCCAUUUUUGGAGAAUAAGAUUUAAGAUUUCUUGAACAUUUGAGGGAAUCUCAACCCCACUGUACCCCAUAUUGGGAUUCAAGUAUAAGCUGGGAGUUUGAGGUUUAGUUGCACUGAGAAAAGUAACCAGCUGAGCUUGUACAGCAUAAGGGAACAACAAUAGUAAUCCAAAGACUUCAAAGGGUGCAAAGGGGUUACUCUCCAUUCCAUCCUUUUCAGUUCUUUAUGGUUUAAACUUAGCAUCUCUUAUGAUUGAAUGACUCUUUAACAAAAAGAAAGACUCACUAUAGUAAUGUAAAAUUUCAUUUCUUUGAUUUGCAGUCAGCAUAGUUUUAACAUCAAUUAUCUUC